ACAGCGCGUCGUAUGUCGUGUAACGUGUGUAACGCGCGCGCCGUGUAGCAGCGUAGGCAGCAAGCAAGCAGGCUAUCUAACCGUUAGGACCAAACCAAAGUGGGCUGUGGGCUAUGCAGACUGAUGCAAACGAACUAACGAACACAGAAAACAAGCGAGAGCGACGUCUGCUUCGAGAAUUUUUUUUUUUUUUUUUUUUUUUUUUCUUUCAUGAUAUAUUUGAAAUUCGAACAUCUCUCAAAUUAAUUGGCCGAGAAUAUUGAAAAGUUCAAGUCAGAAGCAGCGCGUAUACCACCAACGAACGGUGUCGUAUUACGCUGGUGCAAUUUUUAUGUUUCGAGUGGCUCAAUAAUCACGAGAGUGUGUAACAAACGCAAAAAAAAUUGCGUCAAACGUUUGCGUGGAAGUGUGUUGAAGCAGUAGAAAUAGUAGAAUCGAUUAAGAGCAAUACGCAAUACCGGCAUUCGAGCCGCCGCGAAAUCUAUGCGUGUGUUCAAUUGCGAAUUGCGAGAGAUAACCUCAAAAAUGAAAUAAUAAACGUUAUCGAACGAGCAUCGUGUGUCGUCGUUGCUGGUGCCGUACAAAAUUGCACACUUUUCUACAUUGUUGUAUAUUCCAACAAACGAAAUAAUGAUUUUACAAAAUCGCAAACCUACUUGCGCGUUGCAUCAUUUCUAGGUAAAGUUUCGGGUUGUAAUGCCCAGUCGUAAUCUGUGAGAUGCGCCGCUCGGGGCACAAGAAAAAUAUUUUAAAUGACAGAAAAGCUGCGGCGUUGGUAGAAAAACAGAAUAACAACGAGCGCUUGACGACGAUAAGAGUGUCGUUCUCAACGUCGUCCGACGUCGCUCAGAGGCCGCAAGAUGUCUGCGGUAGAGGCACCGCCUUUCAUUCGUACCAUCGAAUGGGACAUGAUGGACAAAACCAAAUUUUUUCCACUGAGCAUGCUUUCCUCCUUUUCCAUAAGAUGCUGUCUUUAUCCGUUGACCGUGAUAAAAACCAGGCUACAAAUUCAGAGGCGGAAUCACAUGUACACCGGAAUGAUCGACGCUUACAGAAAAAUUCACAGAACGGAAGGUUUUUCGGGCCUCUAUCGAGGCUUCUGGAUAAGCUCUGUUCAGAUAAUUUCAGGGGUUUUUUAUGUAUCCACGUACGAAGGAGUGCGUCAUCUUCUUGGCCAAAAUCCUUUCACAGCGGAUUUAGAUUCAAGAACAAAGGCAUUGAUAGGCGGAGGUGCUGCCAGCACCGUUGGUCAAACCAUCAUUGUUCCCUUUGACGUCCUUAGCCAACAUUUGAUGGUCCUCGGCGUCAGUACCAAGCAUGGAAAACUUGCUGUCGACAAGAUGGGUAUGAACCCUUUGGGUAUAAGUCUUGAACCAGGAUGUUCCCGCGCUUAUAUCUCCGCUGAAAUCGUCAGACUCAUUUACGAGAGGGAUGGCAUUAAGGGGUUUUAUCGUGGCUACGUUGCAUCUUUGUGUGCUUACGUACCGAACAGCGCAUUGUGGUGGGGCCUCUAUACGGUAUAUCAAGACGAAUUAAUACGAGUCUUGCCGGAAUGGGUGUCACAUCUGUUUAUCCAAGCGAUAGCCGGGACACUCGGUGGAUUUACCACGACAAUAAUAACAAAUCCUUUGGACAUUGUCAGAGCCCGUCUUCAGGUGCAACGAUUGGACAGUAUGUGCAAUGCUUUUAAGAUUUUAUGGCUCGAAGAAGGCUGUAAAAUGUUCACCAAGGGUUUGUCAGCGCGUCUAGUCCAAUCGGCUUGCUUCAGUUUCUCCAUUAUAUUGGGUUAUGAAACGAUCAAGCGAAUGAGCAUCAAUGACGAGUACAAGAGUUUUAUUAGAUGGUAAAUUAACGGAUAAAAUAUUGUUUAGAGGAAACGUAAUACGCAUUAUUUGGUACACUGCGCGUAAGAAAGAGAGAAUAAUCGCGGAAGAAAAAAAAAACGAGAAAAACUACUUGCAAGAUUCGACGUACUUUCUACGCAGGAAAGAAUGAUACAUUUUUCAAUACCUUUUGAUGAUCACUUUCAACAAAGUUCAUCGAAGUAACAAAGGAAAGAAUCGAUAAUUCAGCCAAAGACAACGAUGAGAGGAGGAGCCGGUUCAUUCCGCUGUGUUAUAUCGAUCAUCCAGAUUUUUAUCUCGCGAUACGUUCGAACAAUCGGCCGGUAGAUAAAAUAUACGUAUUAUCAUCGUCAGGAGGGGAAAGCUGAAUAUAAAUAGCAAAAUUUAUAUACUUACAUACGCGUGUACGAAGAAUAUGCGCUAUGCUUCGAAGGUAAAAAAUUUUUUUGUAAAUAUACUUCCGAUUGAGGCUAAAUGUACAUUCAUGUAUAACUGCCGCCGCUAUACCCUCGCCGCAUUCUGUGUACGUGAAUUUCCUCUUCCCUGUUUUUUUUUUUUUUUAACUUUUUUCAUUGCCCUUCCGUCAAAUGUCGCUAUAAUACCGGAAAAACCAAAUUUCCAAUCCUCACGUUCGCGAAUUCCUGCUUCUCAAAACUUUGAUAAAUAAUAAAUGAAUAAAAAUAUUA